GGGCGCGCAGGCCAGGGCGAGCUAGGCACCCUCCACGCACCCUCCAGCCGCGGCUCACGCCUUUCAAAAGUCGCCGGGGGCCCCCGCGCACCCCGCUGCCUCGGUGGGGCACCUUGCUAACCGCGCGCCGGCCCGUCCAGUCCUCUCUCCCGGCCUUUGUCCGCCGGGUCUGUGCUGGGAGGGUGAAGGAGCCCAGCCGCCACAGCGCAGGGAGGGGAGCCUCGGGCCGCCCCGAAGCCUGGGCCCGGGGGUGGCUCUUCGCCUCCGGCCUCCUGCGGGGGCUCCGCGACCCAGAUACUAACCCGGGCGAGGACGCUCUCUCAGCGCCCCCAAAGGGAAACCCGACUCGACACCCACUCCCCUUUCCCUGAGUCAUGGCUCAGAGGAACAGAAAAGGAAAGAAGAAGCUGAACUGCUGCCCGUGCCUCUCCUCGCCCGGGCCAGACGAUGAUGGGGCUGGAGAGCAGUGUAUUCCAUCAGAAUCAGAUGAAGAAGCAAAACUUCUUGGCCACUUUGAAAACUCUGAUGAUAACAAGGAAAACUUCAGUAAAGUUUAUUACCAUGUAAAAGAAAAACCUAGAAAACACAAGGAAUGGAAGGCUCCAAUGAACAGUCAGAAUAUACAACCGUGUAAAGACAGAGAAGACCUGAUAGAUUUAGAGAGCUAUAGUCUGUCGAAAAAUGCUUCAAAGAUUUCCAGUGCUUCAGCUUUUGAGAAGAAUAAAAAUUCUAAAGACAGAAAUCUUGGCAAUGAUAUAAAAAGUGAUCUGGAGUAUAUCAAACCAACCCAAAAUGACGGUUGUCAGAACCAAUCUUUUUCUCUUUCAUCUCUGUCUUUGUCUAUUAUGGAAAAGAAAGUAAAGGGGAAAAAAACACCUCAAAAAAGCAAUAGUCAAGACCAACUACCAGAUGGAAAUUUCAAAAGAGCUUGUAAAAGCCCCAAACUACCAAAAAGGAAUAAAAACAAGGCUAGACUACUCUGUCAGUGCUUACAUGCUCUCCCAUCACAAAGUCCCUACUUAUAUGACAGCGACGAUGAACAGGUAGCCAGCAUUUCUAGAGACAAUGAUGAUGGUAAAGCCUUGUGCAAACGUAAGGGUUUUAAUUCUGCAUUAUGCUAUUUUGAAGAUGGCAUCCUGAUGGGUUUCAAGAAGCGAAGAAAAUCACAUAAGGCAAUUUCCGUUGGGCAGGCAAUAGGAGUUAAAACCCCUGAAACAAAGAGAUGCCCAAAUGGUCUACAACCUCUUUUGUCAUCUAGUCCUAUUAACUUGGAAUUUAAAACUAAUAAUUCAGAAGAGGAAUUCUCUAUAGGAAGCCUGACAGAGAAGGGGGAUUCUCCAGUAGCUAAGUCAAGUACAGAAGAUAUGUGCAGCAGUUUUGAUCAUAGCCAAGAUAUUUUUUUAACACAAAGGUCUUUGUUAUCAAAGCAUGUUUCUGAUAGUCUCAGCAGUUCUUUAUCCUCACCUGCUCCUAAACGGGCCAAGAAUGGGAAUAGGGAACUGAAUGAUAAACCCAGUCAUUCUCCAAAUAAUUUGCUGCAGCUGUCUUCAAAUGGAGAAAUUGUUUUGAAUGGAGAAACAGUUGCAGAGAAUAGCAGCCUUUCUCAAGGUAAUUUAAAACGCUUUGAGAAAAUCAGAAAAUAUUCAGGUACAAAAGAGAAAGCCAUCCAGACAGAGGAUUUCUUUGGUUCCUCAAUAUUAGCUACCUCUUUACUCUUCAGAAGAGAAGUAGAUUUGUGUGAAAAGCCCCUGGACUUGACUUUGCCUGGAAGAAGCAGGUCAUGGGCUAACAGUGCUGAGUAUGUUUCCCAUACUACGUUGGCUGGUGGUGAUGGAGUUCACGUAAUUCCCCCAAAUGUUUCUGAGACUGUGUGUUCUGUGGAAGAUCAGAUAAUUGGUUCAGGGCUAGCAACUGCUGUUCUCAGUGAUGACAGCCAAGAGAAGUAUGCUUGCAAUCAGCUGAGCAAACCAGAUGAGAUAAAAUGUAUUCAGACAAAGCUUAAUUCAUCUUUUUUCUUUAAAACAAAAGAAGAACCAGACACCAGAAUUCCUACAGAGCCUUUAGCAAAAUUAAAGAAUGAAACAGAAGAUUCUAUCUAGUUGAACAGAGAUAGCAGACACACAGUCUAAAACACAGUUAUAUAAUUUGCAUGUUCCAGUAUAAUAUUUUGCAUUCAAGAAAGAUGGAAUUUUUCUCAUUUAAUUGUAAAUGCAUAUUCUGCAUAGGUUUAUGAAAAUAGACUGGGGAGUUGGUAGCUUAACUUCUUUGUGAUGCUAAAAUGGAAAUUUCAACCAAUGUAGAUAUUUAACACAUAGAGUCAAGGCCUGCUCUACUUUUGAAUUAGAGGGCACUAUCUUCAUAUUAAUCCUUUUAAUGCUCACUGUGGCUAUGUCUACAAAACACUAAAAAGCUUAGAUGAAAAGUGAAAAAAAUUGUCACCUACUGUGUAGGCUUCACAAAGCCUUAAAAAAAAAGCUAAAAAAAAAACAUUACAAAGACUUGAGAUCUUUUGGCGACAGGUAGACAACCUGUAUGUAGGUUUGCCAUAUCUAAUUAAGCCAGACCUUUGUAAGCUUAGUCUCAGUGCACUGAACUGCAGACAUUAAUUUUCAGGAUCAUGAGUAGUGGGAGGGAAAAAAACCUUUCCCUGAAUUUUCAUCUGGGCAUUUAUGUAAGGGAGAGGAGUGUCAUUUCUGGAAGAAUGGUCAUUUACAUAAAACUAGUAGUCAACCCACUCAAUUUUCUUUAUUGUUCACAAUUUUAAGAUAUUUAAAUGAUACUCUCCAGGCAUUUAGGAUGUCUACAGCUUUCAUAUCAUAUUUUCUAACUAUUAGAUAUAAUAGUAAUUAUAGGGAUAAGUAAGGAAAGAGAGGAGGUGACAUGACUGUAUAUUUUCUAUAAUGGAAUGCUGUUUGGGUGUCUAAAAUACAUGACUGCAUAUUUUCUUUAUAAUGGAGGUUGACAGUUUAAAAUAAUUUUGUUGCUUUCAAAUAUUGCCUUUUCCCCCAGAAUUUUCAGCCAUGACCAAUAGAAGUAAUUUGAGUUUUUAUCAAUUGUUGUUCUUAUAAGAUGAAAAAGACUAAUUUCAAUACCCUAAUUUUUUUUAGUAUGUAUGACCCGUCAGAUAUGUGUAUGUGUGUAUGUUUAGUAUAGCUAGUGAUUUCUUCAUUGCAUUUCACCAAGUGCUAAAAAGCUGGCUUCAAAGAAUUGGUGAUUGCUUGAACUGACAUUGUGUUUAGAGAAAAAACUUGUGAAACAGUUAUAAACUUUUUUUUUCUUGUUCUUUGAUUUGAUGUUGAAAUAAAAGUCCUUUAUGC